UGACUCACACUCCCCCCCUCCCCCCAUAUAUCACACGUUCUCAGCGCCCCCCUCCUCCUCCUCUUUCCAUCCUUACCUCCAUCAUCUCCUCUCUGCUCUCAUUCGCCCACAUUUGCUCCCUCUCUGCCAGGCACCACACAGGCUUGCAGGAUGUCGAUAAUAAACAUCGUUGCCCGGGAAAUCUUGGACUCAAGGGGAAACCCAACUGUGGAAGUAGAUCUGCAAACUGCCAAAGGUCUGUUCAGGGCGGCCGUGCCCAGCGGAGCCUCCACCGGCAUCUAUGAGGCUCUGGAGCUCAGGGACGGAGACAAGACCCGCUACAAGGGCAAAGGCGUCCUGAAGGCGGUUGGUCACAUCAAUGACACCAUUGCACCAAAGCUCGUUGAGUCGGCAAUCAGCGUGGUGGAGCAGGAGAAACUGGACAAUCUGAUGAUUGAGAUGGAUGGCACUGAGAACAAAUCCAAGUUUGGGGCCAAUGCUAUUCUUGGUGUCUCCCUGGCCAUAUGCAAAGCUGGUGCAGCAGAGAAAGGCGUCCCCCUGUACCGCCAUAUUGCUGACUUGGCAGGAAACACAGAGCUGGUCCUACCAGUUCCUGCUUUUAACGUGAUCAACGGAGGCUCCCAUGCCGGUAACAAGCUUGCCAUGCAGGAGUUCAUGGUCCUCCCAGUAGGAGCAGAGUCCUUCCGGGAUGCCCUGCGGGUGGGGGCCGAGCUCUACCAGACCCUGCGGGGGGUCAUCAAGGAGAAGUAUGGACAGGAUGCCACCAACGUGGGCGAUGAGGGGGGAUUCGCCCCCAACAUCCUGGAGAAUUCUGAAGCCCUGGAGCUGUUGAAGACGGCUAUCGAGAAGGCCGGCUUCACCGACAAGGUGGUGAUCGGCAUGGAUGUGGCCGCGUCCGAGUUCUUCAUCGAGGGCAAGUACGACCUGGACUUCAAGUCUCCCCCCAACGCCGCGCGCCACAUCAGCGGGCAGGAGCUGGCCGACAUCUACCAGGGCUUUGUCAACAACUACCCAGUGGUUUCUAUUGAGGACCCUUUUGACCAGGAUGACUGGCCUGCCUGGAGCCAGUUCACCGCCUCUGUAGGAAUACAGGUGGUAGGGGACGACUUGACGGUCACCAACCCCCGCAGGAUCGAGCGAGCCCUGGAGGAGAAGGCCUGCAACUGCCUGCUGCUCAAAGUCAACCAGAUCGGCUCCGUCACCGAGUCCAUCAAGGCGUGUAAGCUGGCCCAGGAGAAUGGCUGGGGCGUCAUGGUCAGCCAUCGAUCAGGAGAGACCGAGGACACCUUCAUAGCAGACCUGGUGGUGGGCCUCUGCACUGGCCAGAUCAAGACCGGAGCUCCUUGUCGAUCCGAGCGUCUGGCCAAAUACAAUCAGCUCAUGAGGAUUGAAGAGGCUGGAGACCAAGCACGCUUUGCUGGACACAACUUCCGCAACCCCAGUGCCAUUUAAGGCACUCACACACAUACACAGACACACACGGACACACACGCCCAUGUGCUUGCGCACACACACACAUGCACUACACACAGCACACUCACUGGACACGCAAUGUGCUUGCGCACACACAC